CUGGCAUCACUGAUAACAAUUUAAACUGUUGAUUUUAAUUAUAUUUUGAUUGAGUUCGGUGUUCCGUUAAUCAAAUAUUUAAAGCAGUUACUAUAUUAGUGAAUGAAUGGAUAAUGGAUAAAGAUACAUCGAAGACCUCCUCCACGUUCAAUAGAACUUUAGAAGAAAUUCGGCUAUUGAAUAACAAAAACGAAAAACUACUAAAGGAUUUUGGUAUCGAUAUUACGAAUCUCAGUGACGCUGCUCAGGAAGCACUAGAUGAUUAUGCCAGGAUCAAACAGCUUACCGGUCUGGCGGAACUUGAAGUUUCGUUUGUUGAAGAUUACUGCUAUCAGCUGAAGGCGAAACGUUUGGAGGCCCAGCUUCAAUCGAUCCCACUGAAAACCCGCAUACGGCAGCUGAGAAACGAUAUCAAGCGGGAGGAAAUCGAUCUGGCUAAGUUGGAACAAUUCGUGACAGAAACCCGCGCUCUACUGAUCCCGACGGAUGAGAUGGAAAAGAUGAAAAUCACUCGCGAGAAGCGAAUCGAAAUGCUGCGCAACAAGCAGAAAACCCUCAUGGAAAAGGCUGAUAGCGUCAACCUGGACGAACUGAUCAACAAAGUCAAUGCUCUUGAUGCGGAAGAAAACGUUUAGAGCGGCCCUUUCACUUCAAUUUAUAAUAAGCUAACAAACCUUUCUGCAAUGUGAUUCCCCAUGUGUGUCAUUAGAGUGUCGCUUUGCGGCAAACUAAAUAAAACAUCAUUUGUUAUAUAAAA